UGAUGCUCAAACGAUGCCUAUAGUGGACAAGCUCAAGGAAGCCCUGAAGCCCGGCCGGAAGGACUCCUCGGCGGGCGACGAGGGCGACCUCAACAAGCUGCUGGCCUCCUCGGCCAAGAAGGUCCUGCUGCAGAAAAUUGAGUUUGAGCCGGCCAGCAAAGGCUUCUCCUACCAGCUGGACAGCCUCAAAACCAAGUAUGUGAUCCUCAACCCCCGCAGCAGUGAGGGGGCCACAUCGGGGCAGAGGGCCAGCACAGAGCCCGCUCAGAUCAAGAGGCAAGGUAAGGCCGUUGACUGGGAAAUGUACUCUCUCCUAGAGCCAUUCAAGAGGUUUGUUGUCUAGUUUUCACUGCACACAGCAUUUCGACACACUUUGACAUUCUUAAUCCCCUCAUUGUCUCUCUACCCUUUUGGUGGAAAGUGGAAUUGAAGAAUAGCUCUAUUCACCAUGAGCGUUUUUCUCUCUCUUUGGGUUUUGGGCGAAGUGAUCGAGUUAGGCAAAAUUGUUGAGCCUUUGUCUGCCAAACUAUUUUCUGGCUUUUCUGAAUUAUCCAUGCAAUUUCUCUAAUUCAUCUCACUCCUCCAUCCACCAGUUUCAGACAACCAAGGUGGGGGCCAGAGUGAUGGGAUCCCUGCCCCGCAGAAGAUGCUCUUCCCUGGGAACAGACUCUCAAUGCGUUGGGAGCGUGUCUACCGGGUGGGAGCUGGCCUCCACAACCUUGGCAACACCUGCUUCCUCAACUCCACUGUGCAGUGUCUCACCUACACACCGCCCCUGGCAAACUAUCUACUCUCCAAGGAGCACAGUCGUGCCUGUGAGUAGUUUAGUUGACUUCUGUUUAGAGACCUUUUUUGAAUGGCACAAUAUGGGAGUUGAAGUGCCAAACCAUUAAAUAGACAAUACAGGUAUUUUUCUUCUAGUUGUUGAGACUAAACGGGUCCCCUAAAUGGACAGAAAUAUAUUGUCUAGAAAUUACCUCGAAGGUUGGAUGGAAAGGGGCACAUGUCCAACAGCUCUACUCCCAUGAGUAAAAGCAUACUGUUUGCUUAAAAACAAAGGAUUUGUGUGUAUUCACAUAUCAUAAACCUUACAGCCAACAUUCACACCAAAAUCUGACAUGCACAAUAAGCAAUGGACCUUCUAUAUGUUUAAGCAAACUGUUGUGCUGGAAGCCAAAUUACUUCCCCAGUCUGUUGGGGUGUUGACAGGGACUUGACUUCCCCAGUCUGUUGGGGUAUUGACGGGGACUUGACUUCCCCAGUCUGUUGGGGUAAUGACGGGGACUUGACUUCCCCAGUCUGUUGGGGUAAUGACGGGGACUUGACUUCCCCAGUCUGUUGGGGUAAUGACGGGGACUUGACUUCCCCAGUCUGUUGGGGUAAUGACGGGGACUUGACUUCCCCUCAUUAUUCUAUUCCUGUGCCAUUUCAGGUCACCAGUCGGGUUUCUGUAUGAUUUGUAUAAUGCAGAACCACAUCAUCCAAGCCUUUGCCAACACGGGCAAUGCCAUCAAGCCUGUCUCCUUCAUCCGAGACCUAAAAAGUAAGUAGUAUGCUUCUUGUUUAGCUGGUUUCUGCCUAUUGAGUUGGUGUUGGUCUUUGGAAUUGUAGUGCAAGGCAAGCUUGUUGUUUCUAGCAGCAUUGCAAUUUUUGUUGGCCUGUAAAGUACAUGGUAUUGAUUAGCUGUUAUAUUCUUGAUUUCAGUUUAGUUUCAGAAACACUAACCAGGUUUCCAUCCAACCUUUUAUGUGAGUAAAGUACAUCGGAUAAAACAUGUCACAACGGGCCUGAUGGAAACAGAAAAUGUCGACUAAACAAAAUACGCUUGACAAGUUGGGAUGAUUUUGUGUACGAUUAAUUAUGCGAGUAAUGGAAAUGCUUUUAUGCGCAAAUAUUGAUUAUAAUAACAUCAUAUCGAAGUAAAUUGGAGUCACGCAAUGAUAUAUUGUGUGGUCCUCCCACCAUGACUCAGGAAAGAAUGCAGUUUAUUAGUCUACAGAUGAAAUAAGUUAUGAACUUCACAGGGUGGUGAAAGUGCGAGGUGAUGAGCUUGAGCCUCCUUUCCAAUACAUAUUGAGGGUCUUAUUCUAGUCAUGAUCGAUGCUUGACUGCCAUUUAACAAAUACAAAUAAUCUUUGUCUUUAGUCCAUAAUAAUCUCAUGUAUGCUAUACCCACACUGCAUCUACGAGUGUGAGCUGCUGUUUAGAGAGCAGAGUGGGCACACCCACUAUAUAACACAACAUCUUUAGUGACAAAACCAUCAGUAGAGUGAAAAAUGCGAUAACUCAUUUAACUCUUUUUAAAAAUGUAUUCGGUAUGUGGAAAUUUUGCACUACAUCAUCACGCACAGCCUUUUAUCUGCAACAAGUCAAUUUGAUGGAAACAUCCCUUAAACAUCUCUGGUGGGAAAAUGUGCAUAUUGAUUUUAUGCAGAUUUGAGAACUUUCACAUAAAAAUCUCGCUAAUUGGAUGGAAACCUUGCUAAUGAAAUGAAAACCAAAGAAAUCUGAUUCAAUAUUAUGUACUGCAUGUUUGUCACUUGUUAUUUACCCGUACAUCGAUUGUAAUAUAUAAUCGUUCCGUAGAUGGUGCAUUGUGCCAGAGAGAGCACCCUGGAGACUCAGUAGCAGUAUGCAUAAGGUGAUGACAUAACACUGGUUGGAAGUGUCACCGUGACUGCAGUGCCUUAGUGAGGCUGUGACUGUUAUCUAGAGGGGAGGGAUGGUACAACCACUAUACUGUUAUCUAGAGGGGAGGGAUGGUACAACCACUAUACUGUUAUCUAGAGGGGAGGGAUGGUACAACCACUAUACUGUUAUCUAGAGGGGAGGGAUGGUACAACCACUAUCUGUUAUCUAGAGGGGAGGGAUGGUACAACCACUAUACUGUUAUCUAGAGGGGAGGGAUGGUACAACCACUAUACUGUUAUCUAGAGGGGAGGGAUGGUACAACCAAUAUGCUGUUAUCUAGAGGGGAGGGAUGGUACAACCACUAUCUGUUAUCUAGAGGGGAGGGAUGGUACAACCACUAUACUGUUAUCUAGAGGGGAGGGAUGGUACAACCACUAUCUGUUAUCUAGAGGGGAGGGAUGGUACAACCACUAUACUGUUAUCUAGAGGGGAGGGAUGGUACAACCACUAUACUGUUAUAUAGAGGGGAGGGAUGGUACAACCAAUAUGCUGUUAUAUAGAGGGGAGGGAUGGUACAACCAAUAUGCUGUUAUAUAGAGGGGAGGGAUGGUACAACCACUAUCUGUUAUCUAGAGGGGAGGGAUGGUACAACCAAUAUGCUGUUAUAUAGAGGGGAGGGAUGGUACAACCACCACACUGUUAUAUAGAGGGGAGGGAUGGUGUGAGCUUAGCCUGAAAUGAAGUUUCAAAUGCCCACUCGGAUCAAUGCAAAUGUCAGUAAUAUAGUCUAAGCUUGGCACAGUGAAUGACUGGUUUAAGUUUGCAGAGACUUCAUGGGAGUGUGAUCUUCCUGUAUCUACCUUAUGGAGUGUGAUCUUCCUGUAUCUACCUUAUGGUGUGUGUAGUAGUAGAGUCCCCGAGAGCAGGGCUGUUCAAUUCCGCUCCUGGAGGGCUGAAACACUUCCGUUUUUAAUUUCUACCUGGUGUACCAGGUCUGAAUUAGUCCCAUAGUAGGAGAGGAUGGAAACCAGAAGUGUUUGGGCCCUCCUGGAACGACAUUGAACAGCCUGCGAUGGGCCUGAGUCAGAGAAGCACUGUCUCCAGGGAUCACCCUUCCGUUCCCCUUCUCGGUCCUGUCCACCUCUUCCUACCGCCCGUCUUUCUCCUUCCUUAUUGCUGCAAUACCCUCUUCCCACCUCCUGUGCUCUCCUUCUCUCUACGAUGCCCUUUCUGUCUCCUUGUGACUGCGGGCAGGGAGAAGCAGCAUUUGCACAAACCCACAGAAAUGCUAACAAUUUCUCUACAGUCUGCUCUGCUAAAAUGGUAGAUUUUUCCUUUAGCUACCUCUAUCUCCUCGCUAUAAGUGUGGAUACUUUUUCUCUCCCUCGCAUCUCUCCCUCGCCUCUCUCCCUCCCUCGCCUCUCUCCCUCCCUCGCCUCUCGCCCUGCCUGUUGCUCUCUCUCUCGCGCCCCGCUCUCUCUCUCGCGCCCCGCUCUCUCUCGCGCCCCGCUCUCUCUCUCGCGCCCCGCUCUCUCUCGCGCCCCGCUCUCUCUCUCGCGCCCCGCUCUCUCUCUCGCGCCCGCUCUCUCUCUCGCGCCCCGCUCUCUCUCUCGCGCCCCGCUCUCUCUCUCGCGCCCCGCUCUCUCUCUCGCGCCCCGCUCUCUCUCUCGCGCCCCGCUCUCUCUCUCGCGCCCCGCUCUCUCUCUCGCGCCCCGCUCUCUCUCUCGCGCCCCGCUCUCUCUCUCGCGCCCCGCUCUCUCUCGCGCCCCGCUCUCUCUCUCGCGCCCCGCUCUCUCUCUCGCGCCCCGCUCUCUCUCUCGCGCCCCGCUCUCUCUCUCGCGCCCCGCUCUCUCUCUCGCGCCCCGCUCUCUCUCUCGCGCCCCGCUCUCUCUCUCGCGCCCCGCUCUCUCUCUCGCGCCCCCGCUCUCUCUCUCGCGCCCCGCUCUCUCUCUCGCGCCCCGCUCUCUCUCUCGCGCCCCGCUCUCUCUCUCGCGCCCCGCUCUCUCUCUCGCGCCCCGCUCUCUCUCUCGCGCCCCGCUCUCUCUCUCGCGCCCCGCUCUCUCUCUCGCCCCCGCUCUCUCUCUCUCGCCCCGCUCUCUCUCUCGCGCCCCGCUCUCUCUCUCUCUCUCUCGCGCCCCGCUCUCGCUCUCUCUCUCUCGCGCCCCGCUCUCUCUCUCUCUCUCGCGCCCCGCUCUCUCUCUCUCUCGCGCCCCGCUCUCUCUCUCUCUCUCGCGCCCCGCUCUCUCUCUCUCUCUCGCGCCCCGCUCUCUCUCUCUCUCUCGCGCCCCGCUCUCUCUCUCGCGUCAGAGAAGCACUGUCUCCAGGGAUCACCCUUCCGUUCCCCUUCUCGGUCAUGUCCACCUCUUCCUACCGCCCGUCUUUCUCCUUCCUUAUUGCUGCAAUACCCUCUUCCCCCCUCCUGUGCUCUCCUUCUCUCUACGAUGCCCUUUCUGUCUCCUUGUGACUGCGGGCAGGGAGAAGCAGCAUUUGCACAAACCCACAGAAAUGCUAACAAUUUCUCUACAGUCUGCUCUGCUAAAAUGGUAGAUUUUUCCUUUAGCUACCUCUAUCUCCUCGCUAUAAGAUUUGGAUACUUUUUCUCUCCCUCGCCUCUCUCCCUCCCUCCCUCGCCUCUCGCCCUGCCUGCUGCUCUCUCUCUCGCGCCCCGCUCUCUCUCUCUCGCGCCCCGCUCUCUCUCUCUCGCGCCCCGCUCUCUCUCUCUCGCGCCCCGCUCUCUCUCUCGCGCCCCGCUCUCUCUCUCUCGCGCCCCGCUCUCUCUCUCUCGCGCCCCGCUCUCUCUCUCUCGCGCCCCGCUCUCUCUCUCUCGCGCCCCGCUCUCUCUCUCGCGCCCCGCUCUCUCUCUCGCGCCCCGCUCUCUCUCUCGCGCCCCGCUCUCUCUCUCGCGCCCCGCUCUCUCUCUCUCGCCCCACUCUCUCUCUCUCGCGCGCCCCGCUCUCUCGCGCGCCCCGCUCUCUCCCUCGCCUUGCUCUCUCUCAUCCCUCUCUCUCCCUCGCCUUUGCACAUGUCCAUAAUUGUGAUAACCCUUAGCUAGGGCUGCACAGUAUAUUGAAUAACUAACUUUCUCUCUAGUUUGUGCUGUCUCCUUUCCCCUCUAUCUGUUAAGAGGAGACUGUAGACUGUUUCUCCACCCAAAACCACUCAUUCCUUUAAUUUACAGUGUUAAAUAACACUGUGGGAACUAUAUGUUUUCUGAACAAAUGUUUCAUUCUGGCGUUAUAACAAUGUUGGUAGCAACAUGGAAAAUCGUUGUGAAAAUCUGUUGCAGCUCAAGUCGACUACAACAUCCACAAUGCAAUGCUCUCUAUGGGCUGGCUGGCUAGCUAGCUAGCAAACGUAGCUACACACAAUGAUACCAAAGACAAUAUCAGCAUAUAAAGUAGCUAGUUAGCUGUAAAAUCGCCUCAACUGCACUAUCAAUUUAGGAGUCUACAAUCUCACCACGUUCAACCUGCAGAUCGAUGUGCCUCACAGAGUGAAGUCUGACAUUUGCAACAGCAGAUAUAUUUUUGAGAAGAUGGGAAAUGUUGCCCAUGCUAUGUCAAUAGGCGCACGGUGCAUUCGGGGCGAUUCUGGGACAAGGAGCACUCUCCUUUAAGGAGUGAAUGGGAGUCUAUUGGGCGCUAGUUCAAAAAACCAACAUUAGCACGGAUUUCGUCAACAAUAAGUACAACAUUACAAAUAUUUUCUGAGAUAAUUAACUUGCUAUCUGUAAUAUCGUAUGGUGUUGUAAUAGUGACAUUAUGCACUUUCAAUGAAAAUAGGCACGUUUCUCAACAUACACACUGACUUUGAGAAGGGAUUGCGUGACGAUUAGCUUAGCAACUGUGUGACGCAGCAUGACAACGUGAACAUGAUUGGUCGACAGUCUGCUGGGUGGGGCGUUACACAUUCAUUAGAUUCCUAUUUCUUUUCUAAAGGAUGUCUGUCGAUUUAAGGCAACCCCCCACACACUGCUAUGAUUCAGAGGGGUUGGGUUAAAUGCAGAAGACACAUUUCAGUUGAAUGCAUUCAGUUGUACAACUGACUAGGUAUCCCCCUUUCCCUUUAUAAUAGCUCUGGCAACGGCACCAUGCAUGCACCCUGGGCUAAAGAGGCAGACCAAUAGGACAAAUGUGCUAGACCUACAAGUUUAUCCAGGUAGGAAUAUGGCAAAAAUAUGAUCAAUGGCUCAUUCAAGAGAAGACAUUCUUCCGAGUUAUGACAUCGGCCAGUAUUGAAAUCUGACAUGUAUGAUAGACGUUUUCACAAUCUAAAAGUCGUAUUCCGAUUAACUUCCAGUGUAGUUAGAGCGACUUUAUCACAGAGCUACGCCAUACUGGCCGGAAUUUCGCCAAUAACUCCGAUACACGUUAAAACAUGAAAUGACCCAGGGAAUCGAUAGAACAUCGCUCAGAGAUGCACGAAAACAAUAUAUUAUUAAUAAUGGGUGAACCUUUCCUUUAAGAGGAGGACUGUAGCAGGUUGUAGAAUGUUUAGGUCUCUGUUUCUCCCUCCCUUUAAGAGGAGACUAAUCUGAAUGGCUUAAUGCCUCCGCGUGGUCUCAUGCGGUAGGCCUGUUGAUAAUGGAUAGGUCAUUUCCCCCCACUGAGGACAAUCAUGUAUUUUCACAGGCACAGCCCAUUAGUUACAAACCACAUCAAACCAACAUCGGAGACAAAAACACAUCAGGAAGAUUGGAUUGGUGGUGCUGGUAUUGUGUGUUGUAGAUAGUUUCCGAUGAAGCCAUAAGGGAUGGAGUUGAGGCUUUUGGUAUUGGUUUAACGGGGUGUUUCUUGUUUGCUCUUGCAGAAAUUGCCAGGCACUUUCGGUUCGGAAGCCAGGAAGACGCCCAUGAAUUUUUACGCUACACCAUCGAUGCCAUGCAGAAAGCCUGUCUGAACGGCUACCCCAAGUAAGUUUUUCAAGUCAUCGCGUGAAGGACACUAAUUAUACCUCACUGAAAUGUGGAUUGAAUUGAAUGUGGGUGUUCAGAAAGCGUCAAUCUUUUUUUUUUUGUUGUACUUAGUCAUUCUGUCAUUUUUGGAUGGUUCUUUUGUGUUUUUGAAUUGUAUUUCUCUCUCUGGGUCGUAGGUUAGACCGGACGACACAGGCCACCACAUUGGUCCACCAGAUCUUUGGAGGUUACCUCAGGUCGCGAGGUACAUCUUUCAAUCUACUAUAUUGCACAGUUGUGGUCAAUUCCAUUUCAAUUCAGGAACUACACUGAAUUCCAAUUCUCUUCAAUGCUUUUUAAUUGAAGACAAUUUGGAACUGGAAUUUGUACUUUCUGAGCUGACUGGAAUUCAAAUGGAAUUGACCCCAACCCUGCUACAUUGAUAACUACUUUUUAAGGCAUAUUGGCAAAUUGCCUUAGUGGAUUAAUUAUAUUUUCUCUCUUUCAGUUAAGUGUUCCAUUUGCAAAAGUGUGUCGGACACGUACGACCCUUACUUGGACAUUGCUGUGGAGAUUCGAGUAAGUUACUUGCUUACUUUUAAAGUAUCUUCCUCCUGUCCUUGAAUAAUUCACAAUUGCAGAUCUAAUCAAUCGAUCACAUUUAUUUUAUAAAGCGCUUUUGACAUCAGCAGUUGUCACAAAGUGCUUAUUCAGAAACCCAGCCUAAAACCCAAAAGAGCAAGCAAUGCAGAUGUAGAAGCACUGUGGCUAGGAAAAACUCCCUAGGCAGAAACCCAGGAAGAAUGGUACUUAUAAAUUCUUGUCAGAUCAGUAGACCUAUUGAUUUAUCCCUGGGCCAGAAUAAAGAGUUAAUGGAUGUGUGUUGUGUUUGCUGUCCCAAAUGAAUUCAACUGAUGACUCUAUUUGGUUUCAUGCCUGUGCUGAGUGGUCUUCCAUCUGUCCCUUUGGUUUCAUGCCUGUGCUGAGUGGUCUUCCGUCAGUCCCUUUGGUUUCAUGCCUGUGCUGAGUGGUCUUCCAUCUGUCCCUUUGGUUUCAUGCCUGUGCUGAGUGGUCUUCCAUCUGUCCCUUUGGUUUCAUGCCUGUGCUGAGUGGUCUUCCGUCAGUCCCUUUGGUUUCAUGCCUGUGCUGAGUGGUCUUCCAUCUGUCCCUUUGGUUUCAUGCCUGUGCUGAGUGGUCUUCCAUCUGUCCCUUUGGUUUCAUGCCUGUGCUGAGUGGUCUUCCAUCUGUCCCUUUGGUUUCAUGCCUGUGCUGAGUGGUCUUCAGUCAGUCCCUUUGGUUUCAUGCCUGUGCUGAGUGGUCUUCUCUGUUCCUUUUCAGCAAGCAGCAAACAUCGUCCGAGCCCUGGAGCUCUUUGUCAAGCCCGACGUGUUGAGUGGAGAGAACGCCUACAUGUGUGGCCAAGUAAGUUCUGUGUAGUGACGUUCUAACUUCUAACACACUGUAGCAGUAGACGGACACAAGGCCCACAUUAGUGUUAUAGCCGUUUAUAAACAACACGCUUACACUUUAUCAGGUGUAAGAAGAAAGUUCCGGCAACAAAGCGAUUCACAGUCCAUCGAACGUCCAAUGUUCUGACCCUGUCUCUCAAGAGGUUUGCCAACUUCAGUGGAGGAAAAAUCACCAAGGUAAACCGCUCACAACAUUAGUCAUUACUCUGUUUAAAAAUGCUGUUUCAGUGUAACAGUUCUCACCCUAACUGGGUCGUAGUCCGUAGGGCACACAAUUGUAAAACGCUUUGCAAUGGAACAUUAAAAUCUGUGUUUUUAUUGGACAAAUUCAGGCAGUUCCUCCCCCUUUUUUAAAACAUUUGCUCCCUACUGAACAUGCGCCUGAUGAUUAUCUCGCCUGUGUCUUUGUUAGGACGUUGGCUACCCAGAGUUCCUGAACAUCCGCCCCUACAUGUCUCAGAGCACGGGGGACCCGGUCAUGUACGGCCUCUAUGCUGUCCUGGUGCAUUCUGGGUACAGCUGUCACGCUGGCCACUACUACUGCUAUGUCAAGGUAAGGAGGCUGAUGGUAGGCCGAAGACACUACUUUUGAGAUCGAUUUUGUUUGGAAGUCUUAAAAGGAUCAUUUACUUUUUGAAGUUUAGUUUUGAUUUUCAUUAUCACAGUUUUAUCAGAACAGUUUAAGUUUGUUAGCUGGUUAUUUAGCAACGUUCAGAAUUUCCUGGUUUGCCUCUUUGGAGCAAUGCUAGUGGAAAUGAGCUAAGACUUUUUAAAAAGUGAACCAUCCUGUUAAUCUGUGUUUAGUCUCUACUGUGGGAUGUCCCUUCACUUCAUUUAGAAAAGCCCAUUUUAUAUUUCCGUUGUCUUCACAGGCCAGCAACGGGCAAUGGUACCAGAUGAAUGACUCGAUGGUCCAUUCCAGUAACAUCAAAGUAGUCCUCAAUCAGCAAGCCUAUGUCCUAUUCUACCUGAGGUAAGACGUUAACAAUAUAGUAACCAGACCUGGGUGGAAUACAGAUGUCUGACACGUUCAAAUACCUUUUUCUUUUUUUUACCAGGGAAGUCACAUUGAGAGACCUUUUUCAAGUGAGCCCUGGAAGUAUUUAGCAUCGAGUUUACUCUGUUACAUUUUACAUUACAUUUUAAUCAUUUAGCAGACUCUUAUCCAGAGCGACUUACAGUAGUAGCGAGUGUGUACAUUUCCGUGCUAAAAAAAAUCUAACCCACACCCUGGCGUUGCAAGCACCAUGCUCUACCAACUGUUAUAACUAUUCAAUAGGUUCCAUUAUACACGGCAAGCUAAACCAAGCACAGCUCAAGUAUUUGAAAGUAUCUAACCCAGGUCUGUUGGUUACUAGUGACGAUUUGCUGAUUGUUUUGUUCUACAUAUUGACCGUACCUGCUCUUUGUCCGUUAGGAUCCCAGAGACCAAGAAGAACGUGGACGGCCAGAUCACCAAGCAGGGAAUGGGGAAGAACGUAGCGACGUCAGAACAGUUCAGGAAGACCAACCUCAACAGGCCCCUCUCCUCUCCGCAGGUCACCAAGGUAUGGGACAGGCUGGCAGAACGGUCCAUCAUCAGAACGUUUGAAAGCAAUACGGUAUGAAUAGACUUGCUGCCUUCGAUACGAUGUGAUACUUUUAUUGUCCAUUUGCAUGGAAAUCAAUACAAUACAGAAUGCUUCAAAUAGGACACUGACAUGAACUAUACUGGCCUUAUACAAUGUAAUAUACAUUAUACCAUUGUUCAGUAGCCUGAUGGCUGAUGAGAUUAAGCUGGCCCUGCCUCUUUGUUCUGAACCUGGGGACUUUGUAUCUUCUCCUGGAUGUAUUGUAUGGAGUGUUGUUGACUCUUGUCCCAAGGCUUGGUCACUGAACCAUGUCUCUUCUUUCGCUGCAGAAACUGGACCCUUUCCAGCUGCGUAAGAUCCAGUCUGUGGAUGGCGGCCUGGGCAUACCCGUGUCUAGGAAUGGCUCCCAGCAGCCCAACAGGAUGUCCAACGGGACGUCGUCCGCUGCCCACGCCCCCCCCAGGCUAGCAGGCGGACCCACGCUGAUCGAGGAGCCCUUCAAGAAGCUGAAGAAGCCCUGUCCCCCUCAGCAGCCCCAGGCGCGCAGCAGCACCCCUGCCCCCUCCUCCAACGGCGUGGGCAGCAGGUCGGACGGAGGAGACAGGAGGCACGGGAACCAAGGGGGGCAGGGGCCUGGCCGCAUCUACCUCACUCAAGUCCCUGUCGGACUCCUCCUCGGCAGACACCUCCGACUCAAAGGUACAGCACUAGUUACAAUAUAUUAUGCCUUUUAUUGGACGGGCAGUCAGUCUACUAUAACUGCACAAAAUGUGCCCUUAUAUAAUUGCUGUCACGUACAGGAUGAGAAUUUGCAUAUCUCAAACAUGCACGUUGUCUCAUUUACAGUGCAUUCGGAAAGUAUUCAGACCCCUUGACUUUUUCCACAUUUUGUUACGUUACAGCCUUAUUCUAGGAUGGAUUAAAUUACAUGUUUUCCUCAUCAAUCUACACACAAUACCCCAUAAUGACAAAGCGAAAACAGGUUUUAUAAAUUUUUGCAAAUGUGUAAAAAAAAAUACAUACCUUAUUUACAUAAGUAUUCAGACAUUUGCUAUGAGACUCGAAAUUGAACUCAGGUGCAUCCUGUUUCUAUUGAUCAUCCUUGAUGUUUCUACACCUUGAUUGGAGUCCACCUGUGGUAAAUUCAAUUGAUUGGAACAUGAUUUGUAAGGGUCACACCUGUCUAUAUAAGGUCCCACAGUUGACAGUGCAUGUCGGAGCAAAAAACCAAGCCAUGAGGUCGAAGGAAUUGUCCGUAGCGCUCCUAGACAGGAUUGUCGAGGCACAGAUCUGGGGAAGGGUACCAAAACAUUCCUGAAUCGUUGAAGGUCCCCAAGAACACAGUGGCCUCCAUCAUUCUUAAAUGGAAGAAGUUUGGAACCACCAAGACUCUUCCGCCCGGCCAAACUGAGCAAUCGGGGGAGAAGGGCCUUGGUCAGGGAGGUGACCAAGAACCCGAUGGUCACUCUGACAGAGCUCCAGAGUUCUUCUGCGGAGAUGGGAGAACCUUCCAGAAGGACAACCAUCUCUGCAGCACUCCACCAAUCAUGCCUUUAUAGUAGAGUGGCCAGACGGAAGCCACUCCUCAGUAAAAGGCAUAUGACAACCCGCUUGGAGUUUGCCAAAAGGCACAUAAAGGACUCUCUGACCAUGAGAAACAAGAUUAUCUGGUCUGAUGAAACCAAGAUUGAACUCUUUGGCCUGAAUGCCAAGCGUCAUGUCUGGAGGAAACCUGACACCAUCCCUAUGGUGAAGUAUGGUGGUGGUAGCAUCAUGCUGUGGGGAUGUUUUUCAGCGGCAGGGACUGGGAGACUAGUCAGGAAUGAGGGAAAGAUGAAUGGAGCUAAGUACAGAGAGAUCCUUGAUGAAAAUCUGCUCCAGAGCGCUCAGGACCUCAGACUGGGGCAAAGGUUCACCUUCCAACAGGACAACGACCCUAAGCACACAGCCAAGACAAUGCAGGAGUGGCUUUGGGACAAGUCUCUAAAUAUCCUUGAGUGGCCCAGCCAGAGCCUGGACUUGAACCCGAUCUAACAUUUCUGGAGAGACCUGAAAAUAGCUGUGCAGCGACGCUCCCCAUCCAACCUGACAGAGCUUGAGAGGAUCUGCUGAGAAGAAUGGGAGAAACUCCCCAAAUACAGGUGUGCCAAGCUUGUAUCGUCAUACCCAAGAAGACUUGAGGCUGUAAUCGCUGCCAAAGGUGCUUCAACAAAGUACUGAGUAAAGCGUCUGAAUACUUAUGUAACUGCGCCACUCAUGUCUCCUGAGUGGCGCAGUGGUCUAAGGCACUGCAUCGCAGUGCUAGCUGUGCCACUAGAGAUCCUGGUUCGAAUCCAGGCUCUAUCGUAGCCGGCCGUGACCGGGAGACCCAUGGGGCGGCGCGCAAUUGGCCCAGCGUCGUCCAGGGUAGGGGAGGGAAUGGCCGGCAGGGAUGUAGCUCAGUUGAUAGAGCAUGGCGUUUGCAACGCCAGGGUUGUGGGUUCGAUUCCCACAGGGGGUAUGAAAAAUAAUAAUGUAAGUCGCUCUGGAUAAGAGCGUCUGCUAAAUGACGUAAAUGUAAAUGUUAUAUCAGUUUAUUUUUAAUGCAUUUGCAAACAUUUCUAAAAUCCUAUUUUUGCUUUGUCAUUAUGGGGUAUUGUGUGUAGAUUAGAGAGAGAACAAUUUAAUCCAUGUUAGAAUAAGGCUGAAACGUAAAACAAUGUGGGAAAAGUCAAGGGGUCUGAAUACUUUCCGAAUGCACUGUACAUAUGCUUCCCUCCAUCAGAACGUAAUAGUUCCCAUUACUUCAUAGCCCAGUCAUGUUAGUUCAUGUUAGUAUUUGAUCCCCUAAUGAUUUCGUACGUUUGCCCACUGACAAAGACAUGAUCAGUCUAUAAUUUUAAUGGUAGGUUUAUUUGAACAGUGAGAGACCAAAUAACAAUAAAAAAAUCCAGAAAAACGCAUGUCAAAAAUGUUAUAAAUUGAUUUGCAUUUUAAUGAGGGAAAUAAGUAUUUGACCCCUCUGCAAUACAUGACUUAGUACUUGGUGGCAAAACCCUUGUUGGCAAUCACAGAGGUCAGACGUUUCUUGUAGUUGGCCACCAGGUUUGCACACAUCUCAGGAGGGAUUUUGUUCCACUCCUCUUUGCAGAUCUUCUCCAAGUCAUUAAGGUUUCGAGGCUGACGUUUGGCAACUCGAACCUUCAGCUCCCUCCACAGAUUUUCUAUGGGAUUAAGGUCUGGAGACUGGCUAGGCCACUCCAGGACCUUAAUGUGCUUCUUCUUGAGCCACUCCUUUGUUGCCUUGGCCGUGUGUUUUGGGUCAUUGUCAUGCUGGAAUACCCAUCCACGACCCAUUUUCAAUGUCCCUGGUUGAGGGAAGGAGGUUCUCACCCAAGAUUUGACGGUACAUGGCCCCGUCCAUCGUCCCUUUGAUGCGGUGAAGUUGUCCUGUCCCCUUAGCAGAAAAACACCCCCAAAGCAUAAUGUUUCCACCUCCAUGUUUGACGGUGGGGAUGGUGUUCUUGGGGUCAUAGGCAGCAUUCCUCCUCCUCCAAACACGGCGAGUUGAGUUGAUGCCAAAGUGCUCGAUUUUGGUCUCAUCUGACCACAACACUUUCACCCAGUUCUCCUCUGAAUCAUUCAGAUGUUCAUUGGCAAACUUCAGACGGCCCUGUAUAUGUGCUUUCUUGAGCAGGGGGACCUUGCGGGUGCUGCAGGAUUUCAGUCCUUCACGGUGUAGUGUGUUACCAAUUGUUUUCUUGGUGACUAUGGUCCCAGCUGCCUUGAGAUCAUUGACAAGAUCCUCCCGUGUAGUUCUGGGCUGAUUCCUCACCGUUCUCAUGAUCAUUGCAACUCUAUGAGGUGAGAUCUUACAUGGAGCCCCAGGCCGAGGGAGAUUGACAGGUCUGUUGUCUUUCUUCCAUUGACGAAUAAUCGCACCAACUGUUGUCACCUUCUCACCAAGCUGCUUGGCGAUGGUCUUGUAGCCCAUUCCAGUCUUGUGUAAGUCUACAAUCUUGUCCCUGACAUCCUUGGAGAGCUCUUUGGUGUUGGCCAUGGUGGAGAGUUUGGAAUCUGAUUGAUUGAUUGCUUCUGUGGACAGGUGUCUUUUAUACAGGUAACAAGCUUAGAUUAGGAGCACUCCCUUAAAGAGUGUGCUCCUAAUCUCAGCUCGUUACCUGUAUAAAAGACACCUGGGAGCCAGAAAUCUUUCUGAUUGAGAGGGGGUCAAAUACUUAUUUCCCUCAUUACAAUGCAAAUAAAUUUAUAACAUUUUUGACAUGUGUUUUUUAGGAUUUUCUUUGUUGUUAUUCUGUCUCAUUGUUCAAAUAAACCUACCAUUAAAAUUAUAGACAUCAUUUAUUUGUCAGUGGGCAAAUGUACAAAAUCAGCAGGGGAUCAAAUACUUUUUCCCCUCACUGUACGAUACAGAUAUAAGAUGGUCAGUUUGGGUGUAUGUCAUUGGUUUCUGGUCACGUUAUUAAUCAGAACCAAAUGCUUGCUAUUGUGUCAUCCAGGAUUCCAUGGGUACCAAAAGUGCACCGGUCGGUGGGACGUCCACCCCCCCUAGGAACGGCAUGGCCUCCCCCGCCAAGAGUUUUGAGCCCGUGGGCACAGAGGAGCAGAAGACGGUCAAGCUAAAACCCCACGCCCUCAUCAACAUCACGUCUUCACCCACCAGCACCACGUCUCCCCCACCCGCCAAAAAACUGGCCCUCUCUGCCAAGAAGGUGAGACUAGAGACACCG